AUGUACGCAUUGGUGAGAGCUUUAGAGACAUGGCAACACUAUCUUUGGCCCAAAGAGUUUGUGAUUCACACAGAUCAUGAGUCAUUGAAGCAUUUGAAAGGGCAAAAUAAGCUUAACAAACACCUUGCUAAAUGGAGUGAGUUCAUUGAGUCCUUUCCAUAUGUGAUCAAAUACAAGCAACGUAAAGAUAAUAUGGUUGUGGAUGUGUUAUCUCGAAAGUAUGCAUUUCUUUCUACUUUGAAUGCCAAAUUCCUUGGUCUUGAGCAUAUUAAAGAGAUUUAUGAGCAUGACUCUGAUUUUGGCAAUGUGUUUAAUGCUUGUGAAAAAGGUGCUUGUGAUAAGUUUUAUAGACAUGAUGGGUUUUUGUUUAAAGAAAAACAUUUGUGUAUUCCCAUAUGUUCUAUGCAUGAGGUAUUAGUUAGGGAAGGUCAUGAGGGUGGUUUAAUGAGACACUUUGGAAUUGCUAAGACUUUAGAUUUUUUGCAUGAUGUUUUAUAUUGGCCUAAUAUGAAAUGA